AUGUACGUCAAUAUAAUAUCCAAACAAUCUUAUGUCAAGCGUAAUAAUCCGAAGAAUCAGCCCAUAUACAGUCAUAAAAAAUCUCGACCAAUCCGGAGCCUCGCUUACCGCCCGAAAGCUCUUGAACUUCAACUCCCGUACAUCGCCCGACACACUCUCCUCUCCACCUCUCCAACCCCCAACGUUCGAGUCACAAUGCCUGCCGCUAUCCCCCCAAUCACCGGCAUGCUCCGCCGGGGUCUUGUCCUGGACCUGAGCGUCGCUUUCGGCUUCGGUACUACCUUCGGUUACCUCUGGUGGUACGGCUUCCACCUUCCCCGCGUCCGUGAGCGUGAUACCUACUACGCUCGCCUCGAGGCCGACCGCGCUGCUGGUCGCGUCUAA